UAUGGCUUCUGGUUUUCAUCAAAUAAGAAUGGCUGUACAAGAUGAGAUGAAAACAGCCUUCAAGGCUCAUCAUGGCCACUUCCAAUUUCAUGUUAUGCCAUUUGGUCUCACUAAUGCCCCAGCUACCUUUCAGUGUCUGAUGAAUGCAGUUUUCCAGCAACAAAUGAGGAAAUGUGUGCUGAUUUUUAUGGAUGAUAUUUUGGUUUAUAGUCCAACAUUGGAGACACAUGUUAUUCACCUUCACCAAGUGUUUCAGGUGUUGCAGAAACUUCAAUUAUAUGCUAAAAGGAGCAAGUGUUCAUUUGCUGUCAAUCAAAUUGAGUAUUUGGGGCAUAUAAUUUCUGACAAAGGUGUGUCAAUAGAUCCCACCAAAAUUGAAUCAAUGGUUAAAUGGCCAGUUCCUAGUUCACAUACUGAACUUAGGGGAUUCUUGUGUCUUACUGGCUAUUAUAGGAAAUUUGUGAUGGGCUAUGGCAUGUUAGCCAAACCAUUGACAUCCCUGUUGCAACAGAAGCAAUUUACUUGGUCCUCAUUAGCACAGACAUCAUUUGAUGCUUUGAAGGCUGCAAUGGUGUCCACUCCAGUGCUGGGUCUGCCUGAUUUUGGAGAAACCUUUGUUAUUGAGACAGAUGCUUGUGACAGUAGUAUAGGGGCUGUGUUGUCACAAAGAGGCCAUCCUAUUGCUUUCUAUAGCAAGGCCCUGGGAGUUGCAAACAGCAAGUUGUCAACAUAUGAAAAAGAGUUCUUAGCAAUAUUAAUGGCUGUGGAGAAGUGGAGGUAUUAUUUGCACAGGGGGCAUUUAUUAUUAGAACUGAUCAUAGGAGUUUGAGUCACCUUCAAAACCAAUCUCUUGCCACUGAAAUGCAGAAAAAGGCAAUGACAAAACUGGCUGGUCUGCAAUUUUCAGUUCAAUAUAAAAAGGGAUCCGAGAAUAAGGCUGCUGAUGCCCUUUCUAGAGUGGCUCAUUCUAUAGAAGUAUCUGCAAUUUCAGUGAGUACUCCUGUUUGGCUUCAAGAAGUGGCCAACUCAUAUGAAUUAGACUCUCAAACUCAGAACUUGCUGAGAGAAUUGGCAGUGAUGAGUCCAAAUCAACAAGACUAUGGGUGUGGAGUUGGAAAUGGUUCAGGAUCUUCUCCCUUGUGGCAUCUCAACCUUUCCGUGUAAAUACCUGGGGCUGCCUCUGUCCCUGAAAAAUCUCACCAAGGAUCAGGUGCAGCCUAUUGUGGAUAGAAUUGCUGAUCAAUUGCCGGGCUAGAAAGCAGAUUUGAUGACAAGAGCAGGCCGUAAAGUGCAAGUUCAGCAUGUGCUUACCGGAAUGCUUAUUUAUCUUGCUAUGGCGGUAAAUAUUCCCCCUUGGGCUAUUAAGGCCAUUGAUAAAAUUAGAAGAAGUUUCCUUUGGAGAGGGCGCAAGGAGGCCAGAGGUGGUCACUGCCUGGUGGCCUGGGGCAGAGUCUGUAGACCCCUACAGCUGGACGGUCUUGGCAUUUCUAGUCUUAAAGAACUUAUCUGGGCCCUGCGCAUGAGAUGGCUUUGGCUCCAAAAGACUGAGCCUAACCGACCUUGGUGCAGCCUUCCUAUCCAGGUUCCAGAUAAAGCAAGGGCUUUCUUCUCGAUGGUGUUGACUUCAAAGGUUGGUAAUGGGGCUAAUACUUUGUUCUGGACUGAUAAAUGGAUUCAUGGACAGAAAAUUGCAGAUUUGGUUCCUAGAUUAUUUGAUAUCAUUCCGAAAAAAAUCACUAACAGAAGGACGGUUCAGGAAGCAUUGACAGAUAGAAGAUGGAUUGCUGAUAUCACAGGAUCACUCUCGGUGGGAGUAUUAUUGGAUUAUCUUCAUCUUUGGAAUUUAAUUUCAGAUUUUGAGCUGCUGCCAGACAUAGAAGAUAAACAUACUUUUAGUAUUGCUGCAAAUGGGACUUAUUCUGCUAAGGCUGCAUAUGAUGGGUUGUUCAUCGGGUCUGUGCAUUUCGGUCACUAUGAAAGAGUUUGGAAAACUUGGGCCUCCUCUAAAUGCCACUUCUUCCUCUGGCUAUCGGUGCUCAAUAAAUGCUGGACAACAGAUAGAUUGGCAAAGAGAGGACUUGAUCAUCCGGAGAAGUGCCCACUUUGUGACCAAGAGUCUGAAACUUUGGAUCAUAUUUUGGUUUCUUGUGUUUUUGCGAGAGAAUUCUGGUUCCGGCUGAUGUGCAUUUUCAGACUACAAAAUCUGGCUCCUACACCUAGUACGGUGUCUUUUACGGGUUGGUGGGAGAUGAUUGACAAUGGCUCUGGAGAUAUGAUUAUGAAGGGUGUCAACUCCCUUAUUGCCUUGGGAGCCUGGAUUAUUUGGAAUCAUCAGAAUCGAAUUGUCUUUGAUGGAAUCUCCCCUAGUGUUUCUGCAGCUCUUUGUCAGGCAAGGGAGGAACAACAGUUGUGGGAAAUGGCAGGAGCUAAGGGUCUCUCCUUUCUUGCCGCAACCAUCAGGGGCACCUAGCUGCCUGGUUUAUCGCUGAUGGGCUGGUUUUG